AUGGUUGCCCCAUUCACACAUACCGGCAUCGUCACCUUUGAUCCCGAGGGGGAUUUAACCACAGCCAGCGCGCAGGUGGCUGGCAAGGACUUCACAGUUUGUUCUGUGCGUAAUUUACGCACAAGUCCAGUGACAUGUUUCUGUGACUCCUGGUCAUUUAACGGUAUUAACCAAACACGUCCGUGCGUUUUCUUUUCAGAUUAUGGAGCGUCAGAUGUUACAAACUACUUCAACGCCGCAAACGCUGUACCGAGAGCGGAUAAAUGCGUGGCAAUACUGACCCACAGGAGGAAGAGGACCAACUUCACCCAGCAGCAGAUUGAGGUUCUGGAGAAGGUUUACUCAGACACUAAAUAUCCUGACAUCUACCUGCGGGAGAGGUUGGAGGCUCUGACUGGGUUACCGGAGUCCAGAAUUCAGGUGUGGUUUCAGAACAGAAGGGCCAAGUCUCGUCGCCAAGUUGGCGCAUCGGUGUCCAUGAAGGUCGCCAACCCGCCAGCAGCUGGCCCAUUCAGCCAGCUCCACAGCAGGAUGGGCCCAGAGAAAGUUUAUGACAGCAACCAUGGAGCCGAGGUACACAGGAUUGCAGGGUUUGGACUGGAAGACAGUUUCAGACCUCUGAUGCACCAAAACGCAGAGGACAUUCAUGGAACCAGUGUCCCCACAAAACCCAGCAGCUUUGAACACACAUCCCUCUCCUGCAUCUAUGACAAGGAGGGAGCCAGGGUGAAGCCCGAGCAGAUGCAGCGGCACGAGCUGAGCGUGAACGUCCCAUGCUGCAACGUCCACCUCUAUCCCAAGGAGAACGAGCAUCCUCCCAAGAUCGAAGCCAGCGUGACCGCCAACCAGAAUCCAAAGGUUUUGGUGGAAUACGACAACUUCCCACCCAACAAGACCAUUGGGCCAGAGAUGAAAGUUGUGAUUCCUCCCAUCCCGAGCCAGAAUACCUUUAACAGGUCAUCACCAAAGGAUAAUGGAUGCCAAAUCCAGUAUCCACGCGUGAGGGCCACAGGGGACUGGUUCAGCCACUUCUCCCCAAUCCAUGCCACUGAGGCACAGGACUUCACUGACUCGGACUCUGACUGGGAAAACGAGGCUAUGGCUGGCUUUGGUGGCUUCAUGUGAUGUGUUUUAGGAGAUGACAUAAAAAAAAAGCUACCUUUAUCAUAAGAGGCAGUAUACAGUUGUUUGUUUGUGUAAAAAGAAAAAUGUGUAUUUAUUGUAAAAUAGUAAUAAAACUGUCGAUUGUAUAAAAAAAGAGAAAAAAA